AUGGCCAGUAACCAGGCCAGCCUGCAGGAUGAUCAGAGCAGGCACUGCAAGUUCUUAUCCUAUAUGUUCUACCAGGCUGUGAGAGAUCACAAGCCUGUGUGGAUGCUGGAAGACAUGAGAACUAUGGAGUAUUUUUACUGGGAGGAAAAUGCCAGCCUAAGAACCUACUCACCUUCAGAAGCCCUUCUCUAUGCAGUGGUGCAUAACCACCUGCCUUAUGCUCAGUAUCUGCUGUCUCAUUUUCCAGAGGAGGCUCUCAAGGUGCCUGGGGAACACUUCUGCUAUUGCCCAUCCUCUGCUCCUCACUUGGCCAUGGCGGUCACAUAUGACAGGAGAGAUAUCUUGGGGCUGAUCAUCAAAAUUGCACACAAGCUCCCCAGCUUGAACUCCUACAUCAAUAGGACUGGCUGCUUUCAUCUGGAAGAUGGGAAAACCCCCCUGCAUCUUGCUUGCGAACUGCUGAGGUCAGAGACGGUCCUCAUCCUCCUUGGGAAUGGAGCUUCUCCCAGGAUAGAGGACAGUAAAGGGCUUACCCCGCUGGACGUCAUCCUGGAGCAGAUGUGGGACUCCAAAGUCAAUGUAGCAUCAAAGAAGCUCUGCCUCGACUACCUCUUGCUCUUCAUGCCCAACCCACAGUUUAAGAUGCGGAAAGUUCUGCAGGAGCAUCCGGACCACUGGACAGCUUUGCUGGGGGAAGACAAAUUCAACAGCCUGGUGGGGAACACACCUGCUUCUUUAUAUCUGCAAGCUAUGCAAACUAUUCUCCAGACUCUUCCCCCCUCCCACUUCCCUAAAAGCAUCCAGGAACUACCUAUACCUCAGGCACUAAAGCCCUUACCAUCCUAUGGCAAAAAGCUACCGACAAAAAAUGUGGUAAAUGUUUUUCCUUGA